AUGGAUGUGGGUGUCUUCGGCGUGAUGCUUUGUCUCGAUGGUCAUUUCACCUACGUGAUCGUUGACGACAUCAUUGGCGAAAGCAGGAGCCAUGAAGGACUGCCGGCGUACGGGAGAAGCACAGACAAAGACGAGCUCUGGGUGACGAUUCUGGAGAAGGCGUAUUUCAAGUACACCUGUUGCAUCGAGAUGUGUCACGGCGGAUGGAUGUCGGAUGCGAUUGCAGCAUUGAUGGGCGGUGUCUCCGGCAGAUAUGAUCCCGGCUGGAAGGACGCUGAGGAUCCCGAGAAUCGGUUCUUCAAUCUCUUGGUUCAGACUCUGCAGCGUGGUGACAUCCUGACGGGCGUCUUUGGCCCGCCUCUUCACGGCAAGUGGCACAAGAUAUCAGAUGUGGUCCAAAACGACGACCCGGAUGCUCAGAUUCCCGUUUAUGACGAGAAACUUGGACUCGUGUACAAUCACGCCUACUCCCUUCUCAACACUGUCGAGGCGCAUGGCUACCAACUCCUUUGUUGUCGCAAUCCCUGGGCGCACAAG